AUGCUCUCUGCUGUCUUUGUGUCGUCUUUCGUUUUGAGUGCUGCUCCUGCUGUAGUGAGUGCGGCGUUUGAUCCUUUGCAGCAUCUUGCGGGUAUCGCGCCAUACUAUGAGGAUCCAGUGUUGGACCCGAAGCCUCCCCAGGGCUGCAAUGUUACUCGUGCUGCGUACCUAGUUCGCCAUGCUGCCAUCUACGCAAACGACUUUGAUUACGAGGAGUACAUUGAGCCCUUCACCGACAAGCUGAAGAACACGACGGCCAACUGGCGAGGCGCAGGACCGCUAGACUUUUUGCGACAUUGGGAGUCGCCAAUCUCAGACGAAGAGUUGGAGGACCUCACAUCGGUUGGCAGACUCCAGGCCUACAAGCUGGGUGUGGAUGUACGGCUGCGCUACCCAGGGUUCAAGGACCCCAAGGCUGUAUGGACAUCAUCGGCCGAGCGGACUGAGCUGAGUGCGUCGUCCUUUAUCGACGGCCUGGUCGCAGAUAGCAACAACACAAUGCGCGUCACGGUCUCUGAAAAUAAGGCAGAGGGCGCAGACUCUCUGACUCCAUACAAGGGCUGCCCCAAGUACAGCUCCUCAUACGGUAGCGACAUGUCGUCGGAAUACCAGGAGAAAUACACAGAGCCCAUCAUCGCUCGCUUCAACGGCUUCGCGCCCAACUUCAACUUCACAGCCGACGACAUCGUCGGUAUGCAGCAACUAUGUGGCUAUGAGACCGUCAUCCGCGGCUCCUCGCACUUUUGCGACUUCGAUCUCUUCUCCCAGAACGAGUGGCUAGAUUUUGAGUACAUGAAUGAUCUCAUGUACUUUCACAACACAGGCUACGGCAACGAAAUCUCUGGUGUUCUCGGCUAUCCCUGGUUGAAUGCCACGGCUUCCUCUCUGCUAGCUGAUCAAGCCGACCAAGAUCUCUACGUUUCCUUUACGCACCGCGAACUCCCACCCACAGUCAUUGUCGCAAUGGGUCUCUUCAACAAUUCCGCCCUGUCCGGCUCCAACGACGUAAACGCCACCAUGCCAACCCAAACGCAAAACUACCAGCGUGUGUGGAAAUCCUCGCGCAUCUUACCAUUUCUUACCAACAUUGCCAUUGAAAAGAUGUCAUGCGAUAGCUACGGCUUCGACGCCGGCAGCUAUGUUCGUGUGCUAGUGAAUCAAGAUCCCCAGCCCAUGACCUGCGCGGAUGGGCCUGGGGAGAGUUGCUCAGCCGAGGGAUUUGAGAAGUUUGUGGCGGACAAGGGAGAAGUGUUUGGUGGGUUUACGGAAAAGUGUCAGCCCGAGUAUGCGAAUUCGACGGACUUUUUGGGUAUCUAUGAGUCUGGUGGGUCGUCGCGAGCUUGGAAGUAG